GCUAGCUAGCUAGGCCGGCCGGGCUGGGAACAAUCUUUCAUUCACUGGCUAGCUUCCAAAUCUUGGGGGAAGCUACGUGUACUGUGUGGGUACAUAGAGUUUGGAGGACAAGGAUUCCCGAAGAUCCCACCUCCCUCAAACAUUCCGGUCUGAGUGAAGUCACUUUCCCUGUGCCAAAAUGUCCUCCAGUCGUUCCAAACGGAAACUUUCCGAAGGAAACCUGUCAUCUUGCAAUGGUUGUAACAGCCUGGACGACAAAUUUGACUUUGCCGACUGUGAAAAUUGGACGGCAGAAGAUGUCUCCAAGUAUCUGAUGGCCAAAGGCUUUACUCAUGAGGCACGGCUGUUCCAAAAAGAAGAGAUAUCUGGAAAAGUUCUGGACAAGCUAACAGAAGAAUUGCUUCAAAAGAAAGUUGGUGUAAGGUCCUUGGGAAAACGUUUAGAGUUGCUUGAAGAGUUUCAGUUUCUGAAGAAAUUACAAGACAAUUCAAGGCCUAAAGUCUUCAUAGAUUCCUUGAAGGUAUUUAAUGACCCUAUUCAUGGCCACAUGGAGGUGCAUCCUCUGUGCGUGCAAAUCAUUGACACUCCACAGUUCCAGAGGUUGCGUUACAUCAAGCAACUUGGCUGUAGCUACUUAGUCUUCCCUGGUGCAGCGCACAAUAGAUUUGAGCAUUCGCUGGGGGUGUGUCACUUGGCUGGAACGUUAUGUCGGACACUACAGAAGAGACAGCCUGAGCUAAGCAUCACAGAGAAUGACGUGUUGUGUGUUCAGAUAGCUGGUCUCUGCCAUGAUUUAGGUCACGGCCCGUUUUCCCACAUGUUUGACCAGCUCUUCAUCCCUGCCAUCAGACCCGAUUGCGGUUGGACGCACGAGAAAGCCUCAGUCGACAUGUUUGACCAUCUGAUUGAGUCCAAUGAACUGAAUGAGGUCUUUGUCCGGUACGGCCUAGAUGACCGCGACAUCAGCUUCAUCAAGGAGCAGAUUGCUGGGCCGCUAGAACAGAAGAACACUUCCUGGCCUUACAGAGGGCGCCCGAAGGACAAGAGCUUCCUGUACGAGAUCGUGGCCAACAAGCGCAACGGCAUCGACGUGGACAAGUGGGACUACUUCCUGCGAGACUGCCACAACCUGGGCAUCUCCAGCAGCUUUGACUGUCAUCGCUUCAUGAAGUUCUCCCGGGUCAUCGAGGUGGAUGGCAAGAAGCAGAUAUGCGCCAGGGAUAAGGAGGUAGGAAAUUUAUAUGACAUGUUCCACACACGGAACAGCCUCCAUCGCCGAGCCUACCAGCACAAGGUGAAUAAGAUCAUCGAAAGCAUGCUUGUUGAAGUUCUAGUCAAGGCCAACGAUCAUUGGCUGAUCAAGGGAAAGAACGGAAAAAUGCUGAAGAUGUCGGAAGCCAUUGACGACAUGGUUGCCUUCACCCAACUGACCGAUGACGUCAUCCUGCAGAUCAUGCGUUCUGAUGACCCAGCCCUAGCCGAGCCCCAACGCAUCCUGAACAUGGUCCAACGACGUCAGCUGUACAAGUGCGUUGGUCAGACGCAGCCCCCAGAUGGCACAUUCAUUGAAAGAAAUAGAGUGCCUAAAAUGAAGGACGAGAUUGUUCAAGUGCAAGAGACCGAGGACAUGGAUGGCCCCAAACUCACGCCAGAUCAGCUGAUCGUCCAUAUCGUGGAUCUAAACUACGGCAUGGGCCACCGGAACCCAAUUGACUACGUGCGAUUCUACUCCAAGGCCAAUCCACAACAAGCUGUCAUGGUGAGAAAGUGUCAGGUUUCCCAGAUGCUACCUGAGCGCUUUGCGGAGCAGCACAUCCGCGUAUACUGCAAGCUGCGUGAUCCUGAAUGCAUCAGCAAGGCCCAACGGUGCUUCCAGAUCUGGUGCGACAAGAAGAAAUAUACAGUGCAGAAGCCUCCUGAACAAGGAAGCGGACAAGUUGGAAUUUUGCCAACACACACAUGGCUGGAGUGUUUACUUGCCGGCAACGUGCUCGACCCGGAGCUGACCCCUGCCAAGCCCGAGUCACAAGAGAACCCCGGGACUCCGGAGAAGAAGAAAUCCCGAACGAGACUGUCCAUGUGAUUCACACUGGGCCAUCAAGGAAACAAGUAGAUAUGGUGGCAAGUGCCAUGACUGUAUGAGAAAUCGGAAUGCACAGUACAUCCUAUCUGGCUGCAAGACCCAAGUAACUUAAUAUCACAUAAGCUAUUGUCAAAAUUGUCAUGGCACACAUAUCUUCUUUUCACAAUAUCCAAUCAACUUUGUCUUUCUCACCAUAGGUAGUUGAUCUGUAUGUGAACGCAGAGUUGAUACUGUUUCUGUGCAGCUGUAACUUGUUGGUUGCGUCAGUAACUGACGUAGCAUGGAUAGUUGCUGCACGACGAACCGUCGUGUACAAAGUCUGUAGAUGGUGCGUCACUUCCUAGUGCACCAAAACUUUCAUAUACGUCACUUCCUGGUGCAACCGCCAAACUGUAAAGGUUGACUUUCUGCAACACUGCUAAACAUUUUACCCUUGUCAUCUCUUUAACGGAACGUCCAACUCUUGAAGUGCCAAUGUGUUUUCAACCCUCCCACAACAGAGCUAAUGAGGCUGUGUCCAAGCUACAUGCACAGGUACUUGGCUGUGUCUGACUGUUGCUUACAUGCCUGAGGGGAAUGGAUUUUAUUCGCUGCAUUACUAGCUGUGGCCGAGCAGUUUAGACACAAUUUAAAAUUUCUUAUUUUGUCCAUCAUUAAACUGGUAAUCAUCUGUGUUUAAGUUUUUCGUUUGUCCUUAUGUUUUCUUCUUUGUUUUAAUUGUAACAUAUGUAGCAAAUGAAAUGACAAGUGUCUUAGCAUAGCAUUAGUGUGUAUCAUGUCAAGGUGGUUGGGUGUCUCAGAAGUUACGUGGGACUAGAAGGUGUUGGAUUCGAGAUAAACAGAUGCUGUAGGCUGAAAGUUCUGGUUUGUUGCUAUGGGCAAAAAUUACACCUAUACUACCGAGAUGUUUUCCUCUAAGACCUUCUGGUUGAUGGCUUUGGCUGUCCCCGCCCAUUAUAAUGUGUUAUUUUUAGCAUAGCUGUUCGAUUAGCGAUGGUCCAAUAAAGAGUAUUGGCUUUAUUCACAAGAUGGCCGUUUUGAAUCAUGUUCCCCGAAUUCACUUCACCUGUUGAACACUCUGAAAUCGGAAGGAGCCUGACUGUUCGCCAGAAUUACACUUGCAGACCUAGCCUCACUUUGAAAACCUAUUUUUAUAUUUUGACAGUAAAGGUUGAUAUUGCAUCACACUGAGCCCGUUACAUAUAUCACAGUUUCCACUCAUGCAUGUAUUAAAGUUUUCUGAAAGCUAUGACAAGGAAUGCCUUGCUCUUGAUUCAAGAUGGCCGACUUCUGAAUAAUGCCAAUGUUCCAGUUGCACCACGGACACCAUGCACUAACCCAAAGGAGAUACCAAAAGUGAGGUGUUCUCCUAAGGUGUAUGGGCAUUGUCUCAGGCCCUGACACCCUUUUGUUUAAGGUGUUGUGUUUUAUAGCUGCAUGGUUUAACAGACUCAUACAAGCUUUGUGUAAGCAUGGGAAACCCACCAUAGUAAUGGCCUCUAAUUCCAGGGAGUUAUCUGUUACAAAAUGCACUUGCAAAGUCAGGGAAUUAAAUAUCAAAAUUACAGAACUGAGUGACCGCAAUUCAGGUAUUCAGAAUUGGAAUGAAAGACCCAAGCUUUAAGGGGUAUAUAUGACACCAGGCCAGAUUUUGUUUUUUUUUUUUUUACAUUUUUCUUUCAUUAUCAAACUGAGCUAAGUUUACAGUUCGGAAGUGAAAUUCAGCCUGUCGUCUCUAUCAAAGAUAUAUCAUGAAACUACGCAUAUGAUAAGUACAAUGUACAAAUGAAAUGAGUCAGUCAUAAAGUGGAGCCUUCUGGCCUCAUAAAACAAGUUAUAACUGACAGUAAACAUUUUGCCAUAUUAAUCUGCAUCUGAAGGAGCAUGAAGAAUUUGAAACAUCAAAGAUUGAGAUUAAAAAAUCUUGGGGAAAAUUGAAUGAACUACCUCCAACCAAAUGGUGUAUGGGGGAUGUCAGGUCCCCCCCCCCUCAGACCUUAAUCGAAUGUGCCAACACUUAAAGGAAGCAUGCAAUAGAUACCAUAUGUAGCUCAAUUUGUUUUCAUUCGUAUUACUUCGUGUUUUAAAUAUAAAGAGGAUCUUAAUACCUGCUUUCAUUGAAAGGGAAAAGGAGGAGGGAAUUUUUGAAGUCUUGGGGCAGUUGCUUUGUAACAACGCGCGUGCCCAAUUCAGUAACAUUCGAAUGACCCCAGUCAUUCAAUUUUUAAAAAAAUCUCACAGUUACUCACAAGUCAUCAUUGGCUGCGAUUCUCAUAGCGUAUAUGGUCAUUGAAAUGUACAAUUAUUUUAAUGUGAACGGUUCCCUCCAUAAUGAUAAAUGAAAUUGGCUAUUGAUAACCAGUGGUGCGACCAUACCCCCCUGGGCCUGGUCCCAGAUGGUUGACUAGAUAGUCCAAACCAUCCAUUGUUCAGGCGGUGUUAGUCAAUUAUAGUCGCCGCCUGGACUUGCCUUUAGAAGACAUUUUCAUCAGCAUUUGUAUCAGCAGAGCCGUGUAUAGAGAGAGUUGCGACAUGAGCACUUGCACGCACUGCUGUACUCACAAUGUAUGGCCAUUUUGUUUCCAAAACCGGAAGCUUGAGCUACUCCAUAUACAGCUCUGGUUAUUGUGCUAAUUGUCCAUGUGCACUGACGCAUCAUCCGCCAUUUGGGUUCCAACAUAUGAAGCACUCAUGUCACAACUCUCUCUAUAAACAACUCUGGUCGUCAGACAAGGCACUCCUUGUCAAAGUCGAUACCUGAAAAUUACCCACCAACAAUGUUUUGAAGAAAUACUGGUCAUUACUCUUGUCCAAACAACUUGUUCAGCGUGGAAACCGAGUAUAGAGUGGAACUUACUCCAAGAAAAUGUGGGAAAAAGUGUGAUACAUUACACAUUGUGCAUGUAUCACAAUACAUGAUGGAUUGUGCACAAAGCUAUGGAGACACUGCAGCUCUGCCUUGAAUUACAUUACGCUUUGGUGCAUGAAUAUGGAGAUCCUCAUUAGCAUAAAAUAAAAAAAUUGAAAAGCCCCUUUUACUGCCACAAAGAAGAUGGAAAGCAGUAGUGUAUAUGUAAUCCUAGUACCUGUAUAUGGGAAUAAAUUAGUUGGUGUACCGAUUGAGCCUAAAAUGCUCUCAAAUUCUCCAUGGCCGACUAGGGUGUACAAGCGUUUUUAUCGGACACACAAGCCGAUGUUUUCAUAACAAUCAAUGUUUACAUGUACAAUGUAUUAAGUACAUGCAUUGAUACUUAAACCAUAUUUUUAUAACUUAAACUAAGAUACUUGCCUGUUGCCAUUGGCUUGACACUUUUAUAUUGCGUAUUUUAUUUUUUAAGUUUUUUUUUUAUUUGGAGGGAGUCACGUACGGGUACGUGAUGGCACUGGCUGAAAAGAGGGUCCUCUAAAAUCUUCAUUGAAGUUAACAGUUAUUUUAGAACCCCAAAGUUUUAUUUUUCCCCGCAAAAAAUCUCACGUACAGUUGUUUUCUUCCAACGAUUAGCAUGAAAUCAGGAUCUCAUAAACACAUCUUGAAAACUUUUUUCCAACUCAAUAAACCGCGUCUGAGUCAAAU